AAGUGUUGCUUUACGACAAAUUGGUCGGAACGCUUUGGGCCGGCGUGUGCGGAUUGUGACUUCCCAGCUCACACGUGGGUCGCUGUCGGUGUUCUGGUGUGUGAUUUGUUCCUGUUGGCGUGGACCAGCUACAUUGAAGGACAGAGUGGCCCCGGGGCCAAGGGUCGUGAGCUGAUGGAUUUUGCUGAAAAUGCACAGAUAUUGGGAGUAGGUCUCCAGAGUGGCGCUGAGGGGGCGCGGCUGAGUGUUGAGCCCGAUAGGGAAGGAGUCAGGGGCAAAGCAGGGACUAAGGAGGCCGGCAGUGGGGAAGCGGGGAAUGGAGUGACAGGGAUGGAGAAUACAGGGGUUAGAAGAGAAGGAAGCGGACAAAGGGCAGAGGGAAUGCGAGUGGUCCCCACGGUUGUGAAGCAAGAAGUUAUGGAUUGGUCGGAAAUGGAAGAAGGUAUGCUGGGCGGCCAGAGGGUAAAGCAGGAGGUGGAGGAUGGGCCUGAGGUGAAGGAGGAGAAACCGGCAACGUUGGAGGUGAAGGAGGAAAUGAAUAAUAGUUUGGUUGUAAAAGAAGAGAAGGUGAAUGAACUAGAGGUAAAAGAAGAGAAAGUGAAGGUGAAGGAAGAGGUAAUGAACUGGCUAGAAGUGAAGGAAGAGAAAAAAGAUAACUUGGAAAUAAAACAGGAGGAGACGUUUGGUGGUCAAAACAUAAAAGAGGAGGAAAUGAUGGAUGAAGUGUGUAUAAAAGAAGAGGAGUAUUUCCCGAAGAAAGAAGUGAUGGUUGAUACAAAAGUGAAAGAAGAACCUCAGAUAAAUCCCCCUGUGGACCUGAAGCGGAAACUGGCCAUGUCAAGGUGUGGAACUUGUGGUACAAAAGAAGCAAAGUACAGAUGUCCACGUUGUAUGCGAUAUUCGUGCAGUUUGCCCUGCGUAAAGAAACACAAAGCAGAGCUGACAUGUAAUGGAGUUCGAGAUAAAACUGCAUAUAUUUCAAUACCACAGUUUACUGAAAUGAAUCUCCUGAGUGAUUAUCGAUUUUUGGAAGAUGUGGCAAGAAAAGCAGACCAUAUUUCUAGAGAUGUUUUCUUGAAAAGACCAAUAAGCAAUAAACAUAUGUACUUUAUGAAAAAUCGUGCCCGAAAGCAAGGUAUUAGCUUAAAACUUCUACCCAAUGGAUUCACUAAGAGAAAAGAAAAUUCAACAUUUUUCGAUAAGAAAAAACAACAGUUUUGUUGGCAUGUGAAGCUACAAUUCCCUCAGAGUCAAGCUGUGUACAUAGUAAAAAGAGUACCAGAAGAUAAAACUAUUAGUGAAAUCCUAAGACCUUACAUUGAUCCUGAAAAGUCUGAUCCUGUAAUUCGUCAAAGGUUGAAAGCUUACAUUCACUGUCAGACUGGGGUCCAAAUUUUAAUGAAGGUUGAACAUAUGCAGCAAAAUGUAGUAAGAUAUUAUGAACUAGAUCCUAACAAAAGUCUUCUUGACAAUUUGAGGGACAAAGUGAUCAUUGAGUACCCAACAUUACAUGUGGUUUUAAAAGAAUCCAGUAAUGACAUGAAAGUCCUUCACCAAGUGAAAAGUGAAUCUAACAGCACUGGCAAUGAAAACUGACUACUUCUUCUGGAGGAAGAAGAUGAAAACUCAGACAAUUGCAGAGGACUGUGCAUUGACUAGUUGUUUGAUAUUUUGGUGUAUUUUCAGUGGGUGGUUAGUAUUCUUUGUUUCUCUAGAAAAUAAUUCAUUAAAAAAAAUUUUUUAUUUAAUGUGUUUUCUGGGGUCUUGAAUAGCUUUCUAAGGCUCUCCUUCCUAUUAACAAUGCUUUUUUUUUGCAUCUGAUAGGCAUUGUGCUUAUUUAAAUUAGGUCCUGGCUUUUAAUAUGCUUAAUAAGCUGAAAACUUCUCAUUUAUUAUUUUAAUACAAGACUAGACCCAAGGAUCAACCGUGUUAGCCACAAAGUUGGCAUUCUCUUUGGUGGAACCUCACUCAGCAAAGACCAUGCAGAGCGCCACAUAGCCACAGGACUGAUCCAUCAGUUGCCUGUUCUUGUCUUUGGGAUUUAUAUGUAACUUAUCCUCGAAACUACUGAAUGCAUGCCUUAUACUUGGUUAGCACCCAGUAUGAUGUCAUGUAUAAAGGCUGAGUGAAUACUAUUCACUACAAUUUCUAAUAUUCAGUUCAGAAAAUGACCAGCUCUGCAUUGUUGUUCAUUCCAUCAGUGCUCACACAUUUGGCCCUACUCACUCACACAGUGAGGUGUGGCCUUACUACGAAUUCUGUGCCUUUCAUUCUAGUCUUACUCCACUCUUGUCAUUAUCACACAGGGGUGUUGUGAUGAGCAGUUUUAUGCUGGGUUUGAAACAUUAGCAAUAACUAAAGAAAAAACACUGGGAUCUCUUCAAAAGUGUUAUUGGAAUGUAUAUGUGUAUUUAUGUAUAUACAUGGCUUAAUUUAUACCUUAUGGCAGCUCUGUAUACAUUAUGAUCUCACAUACUAAAAUUAAGAUGUGCUAGUUUUAUUGGAACUUAUACAGUUAUGAAAUUGCAGUAUAGCUAUAAAAGACUAAAGAUUAUUACAUCUGUGUUGCAUCUGUGUACUUAAAUGGUUAAGAAAACAGUGAUAAAAUUGGACAUUAGUGAAAUCCAUUUUUCGUUUACAACUGGCAAAAUUUGAGACCAAAAGAAAACUAGAAGCAUUAAAUCAAGAGACUUGGAAAGAUUAGAUAUGAAAAAAUAGUGAAAAGAGGAGCAUAGGAGAAACUUGCACAACACAAAUACAACUUGGGUCAAAAUAGAAGAAGAGAAUCCAAAGAUAGUAAUGCCACAAAGACCCAUGGUAUAAAACUACUAAUGAAAAUGUGAUUCAUAGACAGUAAUGCCUUGCACUUUGAGAAAUAUAUGUACUUCCUAAAGCAACUUCAGAAAUCUUCUCCCUCAUACAGGAAAAAAGGAAUUUGUAGAAUUAUAUUCACAAUAUUACAGGAGAAGACAACUAAGUGGAAUUUCAAAGUAUUUGUAUUCUAAAAGUGAAAUUUGUCUUUUUGAAACAGGUAACAAAUAGGGUGAAUUGAAUCUGAUGUGUCACAGAAUUGUUAUUGGGAAAAGUGGGAUAAAGUACACAAAAAGAACAUGUGACCUGAAUAUCAGGGUGUAUAGGAAUUUCCUGACAGUGAAAUCUGCUGUGAUGUAGUUUCAUUUCCAAGAAAAGUGUUGAGUUCCAUCCCUCUUAGAAUUUAAAUUGAAAACUGAACAAAAACCAAAGGGUUUAUUUUAUCCUGUACUUUCCUCCUGAGCAGGAGGAAAAAGGGGAAAAAAUACCCACAUGAUCAAAUGCAUCUUUGCCAUCUCUGUGCUCUAGAGUUCUGUUAAACUUUUCACUUUUAGACUGUUCCUUAGUAAGAAUUCAACUGUCAAAAUUCCCUUAAACAUAACUAUCAGCUAAUUUGGUUAAUAUGCACAUUUAUUCCCACAGGGUUUAUAAUAAGCAUGUGUUUCAGUGAACAGAUAUGUAAAUUGCUUGAAGGGUGUGAAAUUGGACUAAUUCACUGCGAGCCCCAGAAGUUUGUAGUAUUGAGACCAUUGUUUUUCAGAGGCCCUUCCAUUUGGAGUCUGGACAAAUUCUGAUGAAUAAACAAACUCCCUGACUCAUGUUCAGUUCAACAUCCUGCAUUUUGUUUAUGAAUAACAUUUUAAAAGGCGAAAAGCUCCACCUGUCGUUUAUUUUUUAAACAAUGAUAUCAAAGGAAAAAUAGGCCUUUCAUAAUUGCUAAUUAUUACAUAUGGGAUUAAUAGCCAUGUUAUCGUAAACAAAGUUUGCACCUGUUCAUAUUACAAAUAUGAAUUAAAGAAAGUUACUAGAAUAGAUAUGUAAGGUUCCAAAGUGUAGCUGAGCCAGUUUGUUUCUCUGUAUAAAGUAGUGAGAUUUAGGUUUCACGAUGUGUAUAGUAAAAUGUUAAACACAGUACUAUAAUGCCAGUAAUUUCCUCUAUAAACUUGGUUUAGUUUGGUUGACGUAUACAGUGUGUUGUGUCUGAUUUCCUGUUAGUUAUUAAAUUGUAAGUAAAGAUACCUAGUCUGCUUUUAUGUAGACAUAUGCUCUUGCAUUAAAGAAUGUUAAGUUAAUUUUCAAAUAGGUAUUGCACAUGUGAUUAUUAACCAAUGGUCCUUCAGUUCCAAGUAACAGAAAAUCAAACUGGUAUGAAUACAAAGGGCAAUUUAUUGGUUCAUAUACAGGGAAGUCCAUACAUGACUGGGUCCAAACACCCAAAGAAGCCAUUUUUCUAUCUCCCUUACUUAGCUCUUAUUUUAUUUUUUUCCUGGAUUGGUUUUCUCUUCCAGGCAGGCUUUGUGUAGAUGCUCUUUGCAGUGCGAGGCAGUGAGAUGAGGAUGGUAGAUGACAGCCAUUAACAUUUUCAGCUCACAUCAUCAUAACCAAGGCAUGGCAACAAGUUAGUAAAAUUUGGGGGAAGAACUUUGAUUUUGCCAGGUUGGAUCACAUUCCAUUUCUGAGCUGAUCAGGAGAGGAGUUGCCCCAAAGGAAGAGAAAUUGUUAGAAAAAGGAAGGCUAGCAAGAGUGAAAAGGUGGUAACUGAGAAUACAAAAAUAACAUGUCUUCUGCACCCUAUUUGAAUUUUGAGUAGCAAGAGGUUUCUGAUUUGAAAUAAUGAGUAAAAUUCAGAAUUAACCUGCAAACCCUCAUUUCCUUUAACAGGAGAUUUUAAUUGCUACUGGAUGCCAUUGUUGCUUUGAGUUGCCAUUGUAGACUUUUUAAAAAUGCUUCCCAUUUGUGUUCGACAUUAUGGUGCUACUGGUUUGAUCACAUGGACAGCACUGAUCCAAUCGAUUUCCAUUACAGAUUUGGAAACUUACAGUUUCAUCAACAUUUGAGAAAUACUGAUUUUGGAAUUAGAGUUGUGCUAGAAGAAAAUGCUUCAAUGAAUGAAGACUACUUAAAUAAAAAUAGGCCCUUAAAUAAACAUUUGGGGGUUUGUACUUAAGACUACAGACUAUUUUCUCUCAACUUUGGUCAGGGAAACUAUUUAAAGUAUGUGUACAUACGUUCUUUAAAGUGAACCAUAGUGUAAACAUUUUCCUUAUUUUCCUUAUUGGAGUGUGGCUGGCUGCACUCAUUUUGAACAUCAUAACUAAAUAUCCUUUAGCCUUUCAUGAGCUACAACACAACUCUACUAUUGCCAGUUUUAUUUUCUUGUGAAUAAAAUACCAAACUCCUUACCCUCCAUAACUUGACUCCAACCUAAUUUUACAGCUUUUUUUCUUUCUCCUUUCCCUCUACUCCUUCCCCUUUCUCCCUUUCUCCUUUCCCUCUUUUCUCAUCCCUUCCCUUCCCACUUCUUAACUCUGUUUCAGUCACACAAGACAACAUGAAGGAUGUCAUGUAUACAUCCCAGGCUUUUCCCCCCUGAAGUGCCUUUCUCCUUGCCAUCUCCACAUGAGCGUAUUCUACUUACCCUUCGAGAGCUAAUUUGAGCAGUAAGCUCCUCCCAUGUAGAAGUCAUAGUUAGGUUCACACUGUAUGUGUCUCCUGAUUUGACUGAUACUAAUGCCAUACUAGUUGUUAAAUGUUUUUAAUAUCACAUGGAUAAUGAGAAUAAUAACUAACAUGUAUUUACAGUGUACUAAAUUCCAAGCACUUCAAGUAUAUCAACUCAUUUAAGAUUUCUCACAACAGUCCAAUGAAAUAGAUGCAACCAGGAAGUCCUGUAGUAAGUAGGUGCAAAAAAUUCAGUAAUACGAAAUGGGUUGCAUUGUUCCAGGCUGAAGGAAAUGACAGGGUGAGCCUGCACUCCUAACUAUCCAGAAGUUCCUGUCAUCUAAAUGUAGGGUACCAAGUCCUUCCUGUAAUUCGGCACCAUAUGGUGGCACAUACCCACUCAGGCUAAAAUACCAGUGGGGGCGGUUCUGCCUCAGUUUUGUGUCUAACUUGUACUUCUAGGAUAACACAUUACAACUGGUAAUCACUGACAGCUCAAAAUCCUCUGAGGUAGGUACUGCUAUAUUUCAUUGACUCUUAAAUGUCAUUAAUUAUAAGAUACGCCAUUCUAUAUAACACUAAGAAAAUGCCAAUUAUGACAUUAUUCUUUUUAAAACCUCUUUAGAAUAUUUCUAUUCUUUCUAAUGUUAAUACUUAUGUAAAGAGCUCUUUUAGGUAUUUUAUUUCAACAAAUCUAACACUCCAUAAAUUGUAAGACACAUCAUUUUACAUACCACCAAGAACAAAAAUGGCUUAAUUGUAUGACACAUCCUGAUCUGAGAUGUUCAGUAUGAAAAAAUAGCAUAGAAUUGAUGUAAUAUGGUAUUGGGACAAAAUUUUUUAUCAUCGCAUGCUUAUAUAAAAACUAAGUGAAAUAAACUGGGUAAAGCAUUCCUAAAUCUUCACCUUCAGUUUGACAUUCUUGACUCAGACCUCGUGAAGCAGCACUUCUAGUGAAUUGUUCCGUCAUUAUCACUGUAAUUUUCUUCAAAGUUUCUUGACACCCACCUGCAAGUCUGAUUCUGGUGAUUUCUUGAUCAGAAGGUGUUAAUAGAUAUCUGUCAACAUGGCAAUGAUUUUUGGACUAAAUAUUGAAGGGUUGCAGUGGUCCAUUUCUGCCACCAGAAACAAUCACCAAGUCCACGUAUGCACAAGCAGUGACAACUACAUGUUGGCUGUGGCCUGGCCAAAAACUAUUUUAAGACUAAAGAUUUCAGAGAUGUUCUUUUCUGAAGUCUAGAGUCAAUUAAGUACAUUUCAUAUGGGCAAGGAAACUGAGGUUCAGACAUAUUGGUCACAUGGAAAGUGAACAAGUUAAGCCAGUAUUCAAACUAGGGCAAGUUGGGCUUCAGAGGUUAUGUCCUUAACCAACUGGCUACAUGGCCUUGCUUGGUGGGCUCCAUCCAGGUCUUCAGGCCAUCCUUAAUUAGCAUACUGUGUCAUGGUGAUUUGGAGUGAAUACUAUAGUUUACUGCUACUUAAAAAUGGAAAUAAUUAUUUCAAUAGGCUGCUUAUUUUUUGAAAAAGUAGGACACUUUUUUCAUAAUUUGUGAAACUGCUUUUCUUGGAGGUUUUUCUCUUCAGUGAUGGACAGCAGACUAUUUCUCCUAGCAUAUUUAGUUCCUGUCUUGAGUAUUUAACUAUUACUCACAUAUUUUGUUUGGGGCAUAAAAACUUCAAUCACUUUGGUUAAUUUGAAACCAGCUGCUCAGGCUAAUGCCAGUUUCUUUCCUUAGAUUCCAGGAUUUUAUUAUCCAUUGUCCUUUAUGAAUAAUGCACCUGAGUCGAGCACUGUUGAAGGUGGUUGCAACAGACCUCGGAGAAUGUGGCUACCCAGGAUUACCUGGUGAAGGGGCCAAAAUGGAAAUGAUGUAAGAACACAAAGACAACUGCUAGUGAUUGUCACAUUGACUUUAUGUCAAGGUGCAGGCAGAACAUGUGCUUGGCAUUCUGGUGACCCCUACUGAGAGCUUAUGGGCAUUGUCUCUGGACAGGACAGGCUUGGGGGGUCAGGUCUUGGGGGAGUUAGGACAACCGCACUAGAAGAAGUAUGAUUUCAGGACCUUUUGGAACUCUGGGGAAGGCCUUCAGAAAUGGAAAUGGGAUGGUUGGAGAAAUCCAUGAAAAGAGCAGACAAAUGAAAGACCUUGUAAACAGUGAAAUGUGAGUCUGAAUUCUUAAUUUCACAGAAUUAAAGCAAGUUUUUAUGCUCUGAACUAUAUGACCAAGGAGAAGUAAACUAAGCCAUAUAGUUUUUGAAAGGAACAUUUCCCAUCUCCCACAGGUAAUGCAGGAACUAUCAAAUAGUGGUUUCCCUUUUAAUUUAAGUAAAACCUUCUCCCAGGUUUUUGCUAGCAUUGGAAGUUAUUUUUACCAAGAGAAAAGAUGGUUAUACACCACCUCUUGGUAUCACAAUUUCUUUUGGCUUCUUGAACAGUUGAUUCUAGCUUAAGUCCAUAUGGAAUGAAUCUGUGGUGCAUAGAUAGUCCCUAAAGCCCACUAACUUCUUAUUUUUCCUAGAGCCUUGUGCUCCUACCCUUGACUGCUGCUCUGUGUUCCUAAAGAAAAACAGUAGAGUCUGAGCUCUGUGUUUUGAAGUUUUGGUGGUUGGUUAACCAGUGUGUGAUGCUAUGCUUCAGGGCCCCUGCCAACACAGGAGAGACAGCAACUUGUUCCAUGUUCCUGACAGAUUGGAAGGUGUUUUUUCAAAUUCUCUGCUUCUGAUCUCUUCCUGGAAAGGUUGGUCAGUUAUUCAGCCAACAUCCUUGGCUUCCACAGCUGGUGCAGCUUAGAAGCCUAAAUAGUUUCUUCCACUUUUGGACCCUCACAAACAAAACUUCUAAGCAUUAGAAAUGGAAAACUUGAGGUGGUGAGGAAAGCCAAGUGAGAGUGGGUGUCCAGUCUUCCAGGUAGUGAGUCAGUGGGACUCUGUAAGAAGGAAGCUACUGUUGGUGGCUGACCUGUGUGUGGACAGUCAAAGGGAGAGCAUGAUCCAGAGGUUCUUUCCUCACUUUUCUAAGUGACAAGGAAAGCAGUUGUGAGGUUUGGUUUUUUUUCAAAGCAGUCAAAUUCUCCAUUCCCCUACCAAACCUGUGUGCCCCAUAGGAAAGGGAAAGCAAGUUAUUUCUCAGCUCCUUUAGUGCAUCAAAAAUACUUUUAUUUGAAAUUGGGUGGCUAUAACUUAGCCACCCAAAAGUAUUUAAUAAUAUUCUGUAAUUCUUUAGUCCUAUUUAAUAUUUCUCAUAAGUGUGGUAAUGACUUUAUAAAGCUUAGGCCAAGUAAUGGCACAAGUAUCAAUUAUAUUAAUGGUAAAAGUCUAUUGUUUACUACCCAACAUGCAUCUCCCCAGCCUCCUCUUGGUAACCAUACCUUGAGUUCUGGAAAACUACCAGCUCCUGACUGCCCUCUGCCAUCUGCUACAGGUUGGAUAAGCCCCUAAAGCUCCUGGGUGGGCUAUCAUUAGCCUGAAUAGAUCAGAGUAUCCACUCCUGUGAUUACGUUUGGUUCAAACUCUGCAGGUGAUCUAUGCGGGUGCCAGCUGAGGAACUACAGCACAGGCAGGACAUAGACUCAACCUGCUGUACAGGUGUAAGGCCAAAGGGAGGGUAGCCAAUCUUGCUGUUGUAAGGAGAGCCAGCCUGAGGCAGGACAGUACAGAGGAAGCCAAAUAGCUCGGGAUUAAGUCAAGUCACCUUAUCCCUGUGAAGUGCUCAGUUGUAUUAGCCAAUACGUUCCUUUUUUUUCUUACUUAAAUUUUUGUUAGUUGGAUUUUUAGUCAACUAUAUCAGAAUUUGAUACCAGGAAAUGAAGUGUGGCAAGUUAUAGGCUGUGGAUUAUGAAAUUGUCUGAAUCAGGAUAACAAGAAGAACCUCUAUAUCCUAGAAUGUUAGUGGGAAUUACAUUGAUCUGUGAAAAGAAAAAUAAUCUUAACUGUCCCUUUAGGGAUAUUUUAUGAAGUUGCACACAGCAUUUCUAUCGGCAUCCCAUCUGCAGACGUUCUCCAUGUAGUUGCACCUACUUGCAAGGAAACAGAAGAAAGUCUUUUUCUGGGGGGCAAUGUGCCUAAGUAAAACUUGUGAGUCUUCUUACUAAGGAAAACGAAUAAACAGGUGUUGGGGGACAAGUUACAGUCUUCACCACAGUUGGCCACUGGCAAUUCUUGUUCUGUGUGCUAUAACAGUUGCUUAUUCCAUUGUCUAAUGUAUAUUGGGACCUUCAGCACUUAUGUCUCACUGGGCUGCAGCAUUAAGGGACUUGGACAAAAAGUUCAGGCUGUGAGAUGUACUUGGUUAUAGGUUGAUGCUUUUGUAAGUCUUACAAGAAAGAUUUAUUUUGAAACUAAUGCCUCUAAAAACUAAGCAGGAAACAUUCUUCCUGUGACCUGCAAUCCUAGUCAACUUAAUGUAGUAGUAGUAGGGAUCCUUGACUGAAUGGAGAAGCCAAAUUCCUUCCUGAAGUUGUUAGUUUGAGCAAAAGAAAGGAGAAGGCAAAGGUACAGUAAGGAAAAAUUAGGACCUGGAACAAGUGUGAGCUCCCAGGCCUCUUCUAGAAUCCUCUUGUUACACCCUUCCAACAGGUCAAAGGGAUUCCCAUGCCUCUUGGAAAGAUGCAGUUGGUGUGCAGCCCUCCUGCCCCAUUCCUCUCCUCUCCAGGUUAUCGCCUUUUAUUGCCUCCAGACGGAGGCCAGGAUGGAAGCAGAAGCCAUUAAUUUAUGGUCAUCGCAGACCUGUGUUCUAAAUGAAAAAUUAUCAGUCACCUAGAUCUCUACCUUUAUUACUAACCCAUGGAAUUAAUCAUUGAUCUUCAGAGAAAAAGAACCAAUAAUAUAUAUACAUAUAUAUGAUUUAUUAUAAGAAAUUCCCUCAUGCAAUUAUGGAGACUGCCAUAAGAUCUGCAGGGUGAGAUGGCAAGCUAGAGAUCCAGUAGAGCUGAUGUUGUCUCAGUUCAAGUCUGAAGAAAUGUCCCAGUUGAAAUGCAAUCUGGCAAGAGGAAUUCUCUUUUAUUUGAGGGAGGGCCAGCCUUUUUGUUCUGUGCAGGCCUUCAACUGAUUGGCUGAGGCCCACCCACAUUAGCAAGGGCCAUCUGCUUUAUUCAGUUUUCAGUUUUCUGAUUUAAAUGUUAAUCUCAUCCAAAUACACCCUCAUAGAAACAUCUAGAAUAAUGUACCAAAUAUCUGGGCACCCUGUGACCCAGUCAAGUUGAUACAUAAAAUUAACCAACACAACCAGAAAUACAUAGAUGAGAGCCAGCUAAAGUCAUGAGUGAUUUGUAUCACAGAGAAACCUGCAACUCUGACAAAAAUGACUGUGCAACCCCUAAACCAGUCCUCAGAGUCACAUCUCCCAACACCCAUACAUUCCCGUUCACACCAACAAGCAGUGGCCACUUAAACUGUACAGUCCUCUGAAGAGGCUCUCUCAUAGGAAUAAUGGACAAGGAAGAUUGUCUUGGAGGGUGGAACUGAGGCAGCCUGCACUAUCAAGUUAGGGAGUCUUUGCACCAUUUCUGUCCAAAAGGAUUGUAUGUGUGAGGAUUGAUGGUCACUGGAUGUUUUACACUCUCCCCUUUGCAAUUUGGAAUUUUUAUUAAUAGGUCUGAUUUCUUUUUCCUGUUUCAUAGAGUAUUGUUGAACUUAUUAUUUACCCACAGAUCAAAGAGCCAUGAAGAGUCACUUGACAUGAUUAACACAUUGAUAUAAAUAUUAGACUCCCUUUGGAGGAUAGAAUGUGUGGAAGCUGUGGGUUGAUGUUAGGCAGUCAAGGGUGGACGUGCAGUAUUGCACGGUCCUUCUGUCUGGCACUCCAUAUUUCCUUUAAGAGCCACUUAUCCUCAUUGUCAACUGUAUGGUUCGGUUGGGAUUGAUACCCUUCUCCCCAUCCCACCCUCUCAGCCACAGUAAUUGAUACAAGAAGAGAUAUGUAAGUCCAUGCUAGGGUGAGCCUCCGGAUUUUUACUAGGAACACUGGAGCUCGACCUCUCAUCCUUAUUGGGAAAACCUAUGUAAGGGUGUGAGCUGUAGGACUGCUCUAACCGCUCUUGGUGUCACAAAGGGAGCCGGCCUAAGAAUCAACCUAGAAGUAGAGCUGAGAGAUGGAUCCUGGGAACAUUUUCCUUUCACCUCUGGCCAUUCUGGAGUGCUGUCUCCUCAUUUACAGCUAUAACAAAGCUUCCCAGGCACUUAGAGCAUGUGUGGAAAUUCAAAUGAACACCUCCCUUUAGUGGUCUUGUCAUCUCUUCCAAAGAGCUAUCCUCUGUGCUCACUUCCAAUAUGUAUGACUGAAAUCUGCAAAACCACAGACUCUAAGGAUCUGAGAACUCUCAGGAUCAUAGAGAACUAGUCCAAGGCCUCCCAGGGCAUCAGAGGGUGGACAAGAUGAUUUUUAGGUGAUUCAUGAAUAUUUUUAUUUUACUUAAUACAAUUAUUGUAAUAAAUCCUAGUAAAAUACAACUAGCAUUUUCAUAUCAAACUUGUGACCUCCCAGGUUUUAUGCAAUGCUUUUACUAAAGGGGAAAUUGAAGCUUUGAGAGAUUAAUGGCUUUUUUAGGGAUUGCCCAGAUGGUAAAUGAAGGGUGAGAGAUAUUAAGUGUGGAAUCAUAACUGGAGAUGUUCCUAGAGAUCGUGAAAUCACAUCCCAACACUCACCCACCUCCAGUGUCAGAAUUCCCUCCAAAGUGUCUCUCACAAGUGGGCAUCCAGCCUCUGCUUGAAUACCUCCAAAGAUGGGAAGCUUAUCACAGUUUGAGACAGUACAUUUUGUUUUGGCAGAUCUGAUUGUUAGAAAAUUCUCCUUUAUACUGAGCCAAAAUCAGCCCCUUGAAAUGUCUUUCCAUUUGGAUCCAGUUCAUCCUUCUGAAGCCACUCCCAUCUUCAAAUGUUUCAAGACAGUUACUGUGACCCCCUCAGAUUUCUCCCUCAACACACGCAUAUGCGUGCACACACACACCCCAAGUCUCUUUUCAUAGAAUAUGGUUUUGAAUCACUCCAUCAUUUUCCUAUCAUUCUUUUUUGAUUUAAUAUGCCAAUGUCUUUGAUGCUAUUAAAGCUAUGUAUCUAGCAAGUAGUGACUCUCUGGCAUCUUACUACACUGAUGGACAGUGACUGCAUCAACUUUUUUAAUUAUUUUGUGUGGAUGUCAAUAAUAUGGAACUCGAUAAUAUGGGUGAAUGUAGUAACCACAUUGUUGUUCAUGUGACACCUUCAUAAGAAUGUAUAUCAAUACCUUAAUAAAAAAAUUGUAUAUUAAAAAAUUAAAAGCUGUGUGUCUAGAACACAACUUACUAUAUUUAUAGUCUAA